AUGCUGGAGGGGAAUUAUCAGGUCCAUCGGUUUUGCCAUGCCAAGGUCACCCUCCUUUGCCUCUUCGUGACCGCCAUCAUCCUACUUGGCACAAUUGGCGCUGGAAAGUUUGGCACUCAGGAACAACACUUCAACAACCUCCGCAGCAACUUCUACUCCUCUCGCAAGCGCGCCGAGUCACACAAAGUCGUCGUUGAAUCGACUGAAAAAAAUAACAGCAGUGACAGCAAUAUACAAAAUGACAAUGCAAAUAGCUAUGCCUUAUUUGACAUUAACAAACUAUUGGUAGAUGAAGGCGAAGACGAAGAGAAUCCAGGUUCAGAUAAUCCAUACAGUUUAGGGCCGAAGAUUUCAGACUGGGAUCAGAAGCGAGCUAAAUGGCUAAGUGAAAACCCGAAUUUUCUUAACUUAGUAGGGCCUAACAAGCUGAGAGUUCUGCUAGUUACAGGAUCUUCACCGCAACCUUGCGAGAAUCGUAUCGGCGAUCAUUACUUACUAAAAUCGAUUAAAAAUAAGAUCGAUUACUGCAGGCUUCACGGAAUUGACAUAUUUUACAACAUGGCCCUGCUUGAUGCCGAAAUGACUGGGUUUUGGGCUAAGCUGCCGUUAAUAAGGAAGCUGUUGGUUUCGCAGCCUGAGAUAGAAAUGUUGUGGUGGAUGGAUAGCGAUGCAAUGUUUACAGAUAUGGCAUUUGAGGUGCCGUGGGAGAAGUACAAGGAUCAUAAUCUUGUGAUGCACGGAUGGAAGGAGAUGGUUUACGAUCAAAAGAAUUGGAUUGGACUGAACACGGGGAGUUUCUUUAUAAGGAAUUGUCAAUGGUCAUUGGAUCUUUUAGAUGCAUGGGCACCAAUGGGGCCUAAAGGGAAGAUUAGGGACGAAGCAGGAGAGUUACUAGCCAAGGAGCUGAAAGGUAGGCCUGUUUUCGAAGCUGAUGAUCAGUCUGCAAUGGUUUAUUUAUUGGCUACAGAAAGGGAGAAGUGGGGGGAUAAGGUGUACUUAGAGAAUGCUUAUUAUUUGCAUGGGUAUUGGGGGAUUUUGGUUGAUAGGUAUGAGGAAAUGAUAGAGAAAUACCAUCCGGGUCUUGGUGAUCAUCGUUGGCCUCUUGUUACUCACUUUGUGGGAUGUAAGCCUUGUGGAAAAUCAGGGGAUUAUCCUGUGGAGAGGUGCUUGAAGCAGAUGGAUCGUGCUUUUAAUUUUGGAGAUGAUCAAAUUUUGGACUUUUAUGGGUUUGCUCACAAAUCUUUGGCUAGUUGGAGGGUUAAGAGAAUCAGAAACGAGACCAGUAAUCCACUCUAA